UAGCUGUUACGCUCUUGUACCUCGUGCAGGUAUUAAAACUGCCCGCGAGUCUUUAACGCUGCAUGCGACUUUGUAUGCAUUGGUAGUUGCAGAUCGGGUUUGGAGGGUUGACACCCGUAAAGAGUUUUAUUUGGUAGAGAGAAAAAGAGAGGGGUAGACAUAGCUGCCAAUUUCAGUUACAUGGAGAUGAUUGCAACAGAAGAGAUGCAUCAGGCUGACAAGCAUCAUAUGGAAGAAAAGAGUAUAAAUAUUAAUGAGACACAGGCGAGUCUGUACAUUAAUGGUGAAGACUGUGUGCUGGGCUCAGUGGACAUUAAAGACGAGCCUGUGGAAAUGUCUAUCUCUGACAUGCAAAACCGUGAAACAAUAGAAAACAUCAAGGAAGAGGACUUAAAGUCGCUGUCCAUCCUUCAGUAUGGUCGUCAAGAUGGAGAUCUAACCAUAUUUGACUCGUCUCGGGAUCGAUACUCUUCAUCUCAGGAAGUUUCUAUCAAGGUGAGGUCUGGAACAGUGCUACCUGACACACAGAAGAAGAAUGAGACAGUCUUGUCAAUUAGGAAACGAGACGAUCAGCCAUCAGAAAGAUCAGAGGAACGUGGCAGGCACACAUUUGCUCAGGCUUCUCUUCAGCAACGACCACAGCGAAUUCCACUUGCGGUAAAUAUGAAGAAAUCGACGUCUGGAUCUGAGAAUUUGAUACCAGCUUCUUUGGGGGUCAGUUUUUUGCCUUUUGUGAAACUAACCAGGAUAGACUCUAUCAUUUCUGAAUAUUGUGUGAAAAGUGCAAAUGUUGUGCCUUUGGAUGUGUGUCAGGAGCAACAACAAAACCCUAAAAACAUAUCUAAAUCCAAAAGUGUACCGAUCAGCUUUAUGAAACGCAAGUCGCACCGUUGUUCUGAAUGUGGCAAAUUGUUCUCAAAACCGAGCCUCCUUAAGAGCCAUGCAAGAGUUCACACUGGGGAGAAGCCAUUUUGUUGUUGUGAGUGUGGCAAACGAUUCUCACAUAGUAGUACUUUAUGGAACCAUGGAAGAAUUCACACUGGAGAGAAGCCAUAUUGCUGCUCUGAAUGUGGCAAAUGUUUUAGGAAAGCAAGCCACCUUCAAACCCACACAAGAGUCCAUACAAGAAAGAAGCCAUAUUGCUGUUCUGAGUGUGGAAAACAAUUCUAUGAGAGCAGAGAUCUUCAAAAACACAACAGAUGUCACACUGGUGAAAAGCCAUACUCGUGUCCUGAAUGUGGCAAACAGUUCUCUGAUAAGAGCAAUCUUCAGUGUCACAGGAGACGUCACACUGGAGAGAAGCCAUAUUCUUGUUCUGAAUGUGGCAAACGAUUCUUUCUAAAAUACAAUCUUAAGGUUCACACAAGAAUUCACUCUGGAGAAAAACCAUACAGCUGCAUGGAAUGUGGUAAACUAUUUGCUGAUAAGACCAAUCUUCUAACCCAUGCCAGAAUUCAUACUGGGGAAAAGCUAUAUCACUGUUCUGAAUGUGGUAAACAAUGGGCGAGUCGUUACCAUCUAUACAUCCACACCAGAGUUCACACUGGAGAAAAGCCAUAUUGCUGUCCUGAAUGCGGAAGACGGUUCUCUGUCAAGAGCAGUCUUCAGACGCAUAUAAGAGUUCAUACUGGAGAGAAGCCAUAUUGCUGUUCUGACUGUGGCAAACUAUGUUCUACAGCAAGCCAUCUUCAAAGUCACGCAAGGGUACACACUGGAGAGAAACCAUAUUGCUGUUCGGAAUGUGGCAAACGGUUCACUAAUCGGCGGAAUUUUCUUUACCAUGCAAGGAAUCAUGCCAAAUAGGUGUGUAUCGCUGUUCUGAAUUUGAGAAAAAUUCUCUUAACGGUAGAGGCCUUCAGAGUCACGGAAGAAUCCAUACUAAGUAAAAUUGCAGUGCUGGGUUUUAGCACAAGGGUCUGCACUUCACAGAAACUUCACAUUCAGAAUCCUAGCAAGAGUAAGAAGUCCAUUGGAUAAAGACAGGUGAUGCAGAAGGAAUUUUUUGCCCACUCAAACUAAUUGGACACUGGAGCUAGCAAUAACUUGUACCACCUUACGUAGCAAACUGACAUCUUCUUGACGUAAAUCUCUGAGGAACAUUAAAGCAGAAAGGAAAGGGCAACUAUAGUGCAUUUCUCAUGACUAGAACUAAUCAAUUAAGAGGCAUCAGCCAGACUCCAUAUUGCAGCAAACUAGAAGACUGCAGGUCGACACCAUUGCAAAAUUAUGGACUUGACCAUCUAACGCCUAUUCACAAGAAUCUGGCCAGGGAUGAAAAUCUGGGAAUGCAGCAAGUGUGGACAAGCAGCACGGUGACUGACCACCGCAGCUCUGCUUCUGAAAGUACAAAAGAAUUAUUCUGUAUAAAUUGUACCUCUUUGGUGCAGACAGUUUACACAGUGGUAGACACCCACUUGGUACCCCAAUAGCAAAGUGGGCCUACAAGUGAAAUAUUACUUGAUUUUGUAGUCUGUCUAUAUUUUAUUGAGAAAAAAACUGAAGACUACAUAAAGUUGUUUAUGUAUUUGUCAUGAUGCCAGUAGUUUGCAUUUAAUAAUUUGUUUUAAAAAAAAAAAAAAAAAAAUUAGCAGAAAGGAAAAUGCAGAAUUUUGUUUGUAGUUGGAAUUUUAUUUGGAAAUCUGCAUUUUUCUGGUUGCUUUUCAGUCAAUUAACUGGAGUUUAUUGUGAGCGUUGAUAAUCCUUUCCAUUAUUUUACUGAUUUUCCCCCCACUGUGUCAUUUUCUGAGAGAGACCACCAGCUUGCAUACUAUCCGUCGCCAUGUUGUUGUUAGUAAUAACACCAUUUACUAGCUUGACAAGCCGGUGACGGUUCUGCAUUUGGUAUAAAAGAUGGCGGGGCUAAUUGAUUAAUUGACAAUCAUCCAAAUAAGGACAGCAAGUGCUAGAGCAAUUAAAGCAAGACAAAAACAGAAUUUUGAAUCUCCACUUCUCUUCAAAUAUACAUUUUGCACAGUGCCUUAUAAACUCAGUUCCACCAGACAGUGUUCUCCACGACUUUCCUGUACUCUCACUCGUCUCCAUUUUUAAUGUGGUCUACGCUGGACGAGUCAUCUGAAAGUGUGUUGUGUCGAGGAUGAACAGGAAGGCUGACGGGGCAGUUCCCUGAGGGUGCUCCAGUAUUACAAACCACCACUUGUGACACGCAGUCCCUCAGUCUCACAAACCACUGUCUGUUGCUCUCCAUGCUCUAGAAGAUUGUGGGUGGCAUCACGAUUCGACACCUUAAGCUAGUUCCCAAGUUGAUGAAGCAGGAUGGCGCUAAAAGCCCUGGAAAAGUCAAAAGAUCAUCAUCCUGACUGUGGUGCCAGCUUUGUCCAAGUGGGAGCUGACUGUGAGGAGCAUGUAGACGAGAGCAUCCUCC